CUCUCUAACUCUCUAGCUAUCCAUCACCAUGGCUUUCCCGCAACAUCGACGGCAACGUCGCUACCAAGCUUCCCGUAAAAUGGGCGAAAGGAGAGUGCACGUUGACCCGUCCUACUACACGCUCCCGAGAGCGUUGACCUUGCCGGUAGGCGGCAUGAUCAAACAUGGCCAUGGCAUCACCACCGCCUUCUCCUCCCACCCUGCAGCCGAGACCGUUGCUAAGGAGAAGCAACAUAACAACAGUAGAGAAAUGCUGCUACCCUUGGGUGGCUUCUCGUUCGAGCGCGCAUCCACUGCUGCUGUAGUUGGCCCGGCUGCUGAGGUUGGUAAGGUUGUUCCAGCUUCACCGUCGCUGCUGGACGGGAGCGGGCAGGGGGUUGGAGGCGAGAAAGGAUGGAAGGAGGGGAUACUCGGCUAUGGUGCUCGGGUGUUGGCGCUCUCCGUUUCGUCGCCAAAGUGA